GUCCAGUGCCCGUUCCCUCCGUCCAGUCCAGUGACCAGCGCCAGAAAGAAUUUAGUUGACAUCGUAUCCAGGGGUAAGAGCGAUAAACUUCCAUUUCUCUCCCCAAAAAUAAUAUCGACCAUUUCUACUUCGUUUUAUUUACAUCACCGCCUUGUCGCAGGGUGGUGCGAUCCUCACCAUUGUUCGUCGUCCAAUCAAUCGCAUCAAAACGGGCGCUUGUUCGCCGUAAUCGACGUGUCAAACUCGCUGAAGCGUGAUCCGUCAAUCCCGUCCCAUCAUCACCAACCGCUGCAUUCUCGGGAAGGAGACUUCGUACGACAUCAGCUUGAGCCCAUCCAGUUUCAUUGAUAUCAGGAAUCGUCAGGCGCAAUACGAAGGUCACCUUUGCGCGCGAUUUUUUUACGGUGGAGAUAAUCGCGUCGCUCUCACUAUUUCGGCGCGCAGAAUCAGAUCAUUCGAGCACCACCUCGCGCUUUCAUCGCCAACAACACACCACAAACAGAUAAAGACCUCAUUGACUUGAGAUCUUCCGAUACUCUACAUAAAACGAACCACAAUGUCUUCCACGCGCCACCUGCCCGAAAAGCGCAACGCGUUGCUUAUGGUCGAAAAUGCUCCCAAGUACGAGAGCCUUAUUGAGCGCCGUCGCCUCGGCCAGACCGACCUGCAAGUUAAGGCCAAGCAGCUUGGCACGUUCGACUACGCGCACCUUCGCGCGCCGCUGCCCAAGAACGUCGUUUCGGGCAUCUUCAAGCCCGCGCCAGCGAGCUACUUCCUUAUGCGCCGCUCAAACGACGGCUAUAUCAGCGCGACUGGCAUGUUCAAGGCGACUUUCCCCUACUCUGAGGUUCACGAGGAGGAGGCCGAGCGCAACUACAUCAAGAGCCUCGCGACCACGAGCCCUAACGAGACUGCUGGAAACGUUUGGAUCUCGCCUAUGCACGCGCUUGAGUUGGCCGACGAGUAUGGAAUCCGCAUAUGGAUCAAGGCCCUGUUAGACCCUACGCCUAUCGUCGUAAACCCCAAGGGAGAUACAACCCCCAAGAAAAUCUCGCCGCCACCUACCUUCCUGCUUGCGCCAGAGGACCUCGCCGCACCAAAUGGUUCGAGUGGUCGCUCCGGCGAGGCGCUGAGGAGAAGCAGGAGGAGCGUGAGCCCCAGCAAGAUCGCGAGCCCGCUGAAGAAGACGAUCGCUACCCCGCGAAAGCUGAAGCAGAAGGCCGCUGCGGAGGAGAGCGCGAGCGCGUCGAGCAAGAACCUGCAACAGGCGCUGAAAUCGGCUACCAAGCCCGAGGGAUCCCCGUCUAGCUCGUCAGUUGCUGAGAAGGAGGACGCGACGGCAAGCCCAGAGCCAAAGAGGAAAUCCAAGGCUGCUAAGGGAGAGGUGGCCAAGGCCGCUGCGGCCAAGGCCGAUGCAGAGAAGGAGCCUAAGGUCACUGUCCAGGUUGACCAGGAGGUUACUGUCGAGGGCGGUGUAGAGACAACGCACACUCAUGUCCAGGUUGAGAUGCCAGCUGGCUUCGCCGAGCUGCCCCUACCUGAAGACACGGAGGCCAUGAUUGCCAAGGCGAAGGAGAUGGUCGAGGCGGCUGUCAAGGCUGACGAGGCGGCCAAGGAGGCGGCCGAAGCUGAGGCGGGGCCCAGCAAACCCGCGGCGAAGACGAUGAAGAGGAAGGCGGAGGAGGAGGCUGAGAAGGAGAACGAGGGCGCGGCGCCAGCAAAGAGGGCUAAGGUCGAGAGCGACCUGAAGAAGGAGAAGGUGCGGGCGAGAGCGCUGAUUGGUAUUAGUGCUACGUUGGCUAUUGGUGCUUUAAUCCCCUACGUCAUGGGCGCCUUCUAGGUGCCGCAGGUGGUUAAGAAAAGUUUAAUUUCUAAUGGGCGCGACGCGUCUAAACCCCUCGUCCAUUUAUCGUUGUCUCGUCUUAUUCCGUUUCGAAUUUAUCUCGGCGUUGAGUGAGGCUUGUUUUUCUAGGGGCUUAUCUAUGGUGUGGUUGAGGUUGAGGUAUCCGAUAUUACGCACCCUUUCUAUACAUAAGAGAGUUUGUACGACACAUGGGUCGUGGGAUACCCAGGCUUUUUUGAGUGGCAGAGAGGGAGAAGAGGGGGAGAGGGGUGGUCUGCAUGGUUCUCAACAUUGUACCAGGGUGAUCUGGGGACUGCUGGGCGGAUAUAUGAUGAGAGGCAGGGAUAUUAUGGGCGGAGGCUUGAUAGCUAGUUUUGAUAGGAAGUUUUAAUUCUCGAGU